AUGAUGAAUGGGUCAAACCUUGUAAGAGCACUGGUUUCGUGGCUGAUACUACUGGUCUGUGUAGAAGGCUUUUCAAAGAGUACCGUUCAGUCGCAGUCUUCCCGCGUGGAAACAAGAAGGAAUCUCUUCAAUCUGCUGGAAAAGACUCAACCAUCCUCGACCGAAAAUGGACUUGAUCCAGAGUAUCCGUGGUCCUUUACAGGGAGACUGUGGUUUCGACCUGCACUUACCCGAGUGCCCUCUGGACCAAAUGAUCCUAGGCCCCCAUCAUCCGUUACUAUAUUGAAUCUGUUUGGUUGGACCCUGGGAGGAACAGUUGCAUUGGAAUAUGAUGAGUCACCGGUCGGGCCAUACAAAGAAUACGUCACAAUGGGAGCUGCUGUAUUCAAACGUGGUGCGAUUGGUCAGUGGGGAUCAAAAUUGUUUGUCAGUACCCAACCUGCGGAGGAUGUUUGUCGGAAGACUUGGAGUGUUCCUGCAGCACUAGCUAACAUCGAUUUCGGUGAGGACUCCACCGAUUCUUUGACGGUACAAUCUGCACCUGGCAUUCGAGCGCCGGAGAAACAAAACAUUAGACUCUCUGGAUGGAAGAAUGCGAGAAUAUUAGGUGAAAAUCCGACUUCGUCAAAGCGCUUUCCUGCGCAGGGUUUGCCUGUACUAUGGACUCCAAGCAUUAAAGCUCUUUGGACACCAUUCGUUCCCUUACCGCUCACCAAGAGUGACACUUCCAAACUGCCGCUCCAUCGGCUCCGGCUAUCUGCUAGCGCCAUUCGCCUAACUAUAUGCGCACAAAAGCCAUCAGACGGUCUAGGGAUUCCAAUUCCUAUAGGUCUUCUGGUUGACAAUGUACUCAUCGAGAUAUCAAGGCAACAAGAGGAACCGCUUUAA